AUGGCUGUACGUUGUAGAUAUCGCCAGGAUGUCUGUGAUUGUGGAUACUGCCACGACGUAACUCUUUUUAAGGUGCAAGUAGUAAAGAUCUACUGCUGGGUACUGAACGAUCCAGGCACUAGUAUGAUUGCGGCAACCCUCCGCCAAAGCACUACCGUACAAAGUAUGCUCAAGGUCGUCCUCCAUCUUGCUGUGCUUCUCGUGUCUUUCGAUCAUAACGACGUCACUUCGUACCUCACCACGGAUUGA